GCUGUGCAGUGUCGAGUGAGCAACCGAUUUGCGCCACCUGCAAGAAAAAGGCGCGGUAUGCGUCAUAAACAAUUUUUGAAAAGGCAGUUAGAAAACUAGAAAAUUCGAGAAUAAUGCUUCCCAGCUCAACAACCUAUCCAACGAAUAUGGGACAAAUUCAGAUCAUCUUUGGUCCCAUGUUUUCUGGCAAGACCACAGAACUUAUGAGGAGAAUCAAACGCUAUCAAGUUGCCAAGCACAAAUGUCUGGUGAUCAAAUAUGCCAAUGAUAUUAGAUAUGACAGCGAGCAGCUGUCCACUCACGAUCACCAGACUCUUGCUGCUGUUACUGCAACUACAUUGACGGGGCUCAUGGAGGCUGCUCACAAUUACUCCAUUAUUGGCAUUGACGAGGGACAGUUUUUUGCCGACACAGUGAGUUUUGCGGAGGCGAUGGCAAACAGCGGCAAAGUGGUGAUCAUAGCGGCGCUGGACGGGACGUACCAGAGGCAGGGCUUUGGCAGCAUCCUACAGCUCGUGCCGCUCGCCGAGAGCAUCGUCAAGCUCACGGCCGUGUGCAUGCGAUGUUAUCAAGACGCUUCUUUUACUAAGCGUAUCACCCACGAGACAGCCUUGGAAGUGAUCGGUGGAAGUGAGAAGUAUAUUGCAGUGUGCCGCGCGUGCUACCACGUGGACCCCAUCACCGAAAAUUCACCAUCGCCUCUAAGAUCUUCAAAUAAAAGCUGCAUCGCUGACUCAGCUGAAUUUGUUGCCAAAAAACUAUGCUUGGAGACAUCGUGUCCAGCAGACAGUGGAAACAAAGAAAACUCGUGUGUUGCACCGGCUCAGUGAUGCCGCGGGCUGCACCAGUGAUGCAGUGGGCUGCACCAGUGAUGAAGUGGGCUGCACCAGUGAUGCAGUGGGGUGCACCAGUGAGGCGGCGGGCUGCACCAGUGAGGCCGCGGGCUGCACCAGUGAGGUCGCGGGCUACACCAGUGAGGCCGCGGGCUGCACCAGUGAUGCCGCGAGCUGCACCAGUGAUGCCGCGGGCUGCACCAGUGAGGCCGCGGGCUGCACCAGUGAGGCCGCGGGCUGCGCCAAUGAUGCCGCGGGCUGCACCAGUGAUGCAGUGGGCUGCACCAGUGAUGCCGCGGGCUGCACCAGUGGGGCCGUGGGCUGCACCAGUGAUGCCGCGGGCUGCACCAGUGAUGCAGUGGGCUGCACCAGUGGGGCCGUGGGCUGCACCAGUGAUGCAGUGGGCUGCACCAGUGAUGCCGCGGGCUGCACCAGUGAUGCAGUGGGCUGCACCAGGGAGGCCAUGCCCACCUUUUGCUUCUUGUUUUGUGCGUGGUUGAAGAGUGUUGCGCUGGUACCAGCACCUUGAUGCGCUGCACUCAUUGGGGCGAUCUGUGACUGUGAGUUAGCGCUGUGUUCGGAAAAUGGCUCAAGCUGUGACUCGCUCAUUGUUAGAUCUGCAUUUCUUAUCUUGAUUUAGAGAAUGACUUUGUUCCUGUUUUAUUGAAGUGAAUUACAGUGUGAUUCGUUUAGAGUAUCUUGACUAAAACAUGAAUUUUUUAUGAUUAAAAACUGAUAAACUGCAUGAAAUUGUGUACAUAUCUUGAAUUUGUUUAAAUUUUCAUUAAUAUUUAAAACACACAGGAAAAAACUUGCUUCAUAAGGAAUCCCAGAUAAAUUCGGCAUGAAUUCUGUUCCAUUAUUUAUAAGUAUUAAUGAUAACUUCAUUAAAAAUCAAAAUAUUGGAUGUCUUGAAGUAUUACACGUGCUGAGACAAACUCUCAAGAGUCAGCGAAUUAUCGCCCGUUUGGCUCAAGCUUAGGUAGGCUGUGGGUGGCCUCCGUUAUUCUAUGCAUGUUCUGCUCCUGCAGUUUGAGUAAGCUUGAGUUGCUUGAUCCUGGCCCAGCAGUUUUUUAGGGAGAUUUUCGCUAAAUACGUUGUAAAACGUUAUCUUCUACACAUUUCUUCUGAAAUGCUACUGUUAUUUUUAAAACUGACACCAUGUUAUACGUCGUCUGUGACGAGUCGCGUCGACUAAGUUGAGGGAUACUAAUUAAGCGAGGUCAAAAGUUUCCGUGUUGCAAUUACUUGAAACGAUUGUAAUAACAUGUUUUAUAUUUUCAUAGAAAUCGUUCUAAAAUUCAUCACCGUUGUAGGUAAUAAUUUUAUGUUAAACCGUCUAAAUCUUUGAGUAGAACGUUUGGCACCUCAGACUUGGGCA